CUCUCUCUCUUUCCCUCCCUCUCCCUCUUGCACUAGGUAGCAGAAUUCUUGGUAGCUUGCUUGCUUUUUUGGAGGCUAAACUUUCAUUGCUUCCCUAGCGAAGACAACGAGAUGAGGGCACCGAGAAGGCCAAUCCACACGGUAUCGACAUGGGUGAAGCGUCAGCCACCGAAGGUGAAGGCUUUCCUAGCCGUUGUUUCGGGUAUGACUGCGCUUGUAUUCCUCCGCUUUAUCGUUCACGAUCAUGACAAUCUCUUCGUAGCGGCCGAAGCCGUUCACGCGCUCGGAAUCUGUGUCCUCAUCUACAAGCUCAUGAAGGAAAAGACUUGCGCUGGACUUUCACUCAAGUCGCAGGAACUAACAGCUAUAUUUUUAGCUGUUAGGUUAUACUGCAGUUUUGUUAUGGAAUAUGAUAUACACACGCUACUUGAUUCAGCUACAUUGGGGACAACGCUGUGGGUUAUUUAUAUGAUUCGUUUUAAACUGAAGUCUAGUUACAUGGAAGACAAAGACAACUUCGCCAUAUACUAUGUGGUGGUGCCUUGUGCUCUAUUAGCUCUAGUUAUUCAUCCCUCAACAUCACACAAUAUUUUAAACAGAAUUUGCUGGGCUUUUUGCGUAUAUUUGGAGGCUGUUUCAGUGCUUCCCCAGUUGCGUGUCAUGCAGAACACAAAGAUCGUUGAACCAUUUACUGCUCAUUAUGUAUUUGCAUUGGGAGUUGCAAGGUUCUUGAGCUGUGCUCAUUGGGUCCUCCAGGUGUUGGAUACAAGAGGACGCUUACUUACAGCUUUGGGAUAUGGAUUGUGGCCUUCCAUGGUUCUCCUCUCUGAAAUUGUCCAAACUUUCAUCCUAGCAGAUUUCUGUUACUACUACGUCAAAAGUCUUGUUGGUGGACAACUUGUGUUACGUCUUCCAUCAGGAGUGGUGUAAAGCAAAAACUUUAUUGUGUAGUAGAUUUAGAUUUUGAGUUUUUAAGCUGCCAAGAAUAACUU